CCCGACUCCCGGCACUCCGCAACCCGCCGCCGCCCUCGUCGCCGCCGCCCGCCCGAUACACGCCCACACUAAUCGAUUAUAACGUCCUACCGCACAUGGACGUCAAAACUGCUCCACGUAAACAUCAGACUAAAAAGUUUUAACGUUCGGCUUAGUGUUAAUAUUCAGUACCGAGUCUAUCUACCAUUCUUCUUUAGGUAGUAGUGUUACGUGAUAUUUUUUGUCUUAAAGUCUGGUAACAAAGAAAUGAAAUACAUUCAUGAGCUUCGCGAACAGCUGAGCGUUGUUGUGAUAUCGCGGCCGAGCUUUUCUUGCGAGAUAUUUUUGUCCAUUUAUCUUGGUAAUAAUUAUGUUGGGGUAUGGUAAAUUUUUGUGAGAAUAAAACAAAGAAAAUCAGUGUUAUAAAAGAAAAAAUAGCGAAAUGCUAAAAGAUAAACAUAAUGUUUAAACGUAGACAAUUAUGACAGGUGUUAAUGAAUGUAGUUAGGAACAGAAUACUAUCCAAACCGGACGGGGAGUGAAGUCGGGGAGCAUCGCAUAAUAGUUACGCUCGUAUUAGAGUAAGAUACGAGCGUGUGUGAGUGAAGGUCGAACGUUACGACGCGGCCGCCCGUCGUAGACGCCGCGACGUCACAGUGGUGGACGCACCGACACCGUGCGCGUGCGCCGUGAGAUGUGACAACGCGCGCUUCCCGGUCCAUCAGUACAACCUCGCUCGAUCUGAGGACAUGUCCUUGCUAUGGAUUAUCAAUGCAUUAUCGUGUAUACCGUCAUCAAUAUAUCGCCACCUCGCCUCGCUGGACCAGCCGAAGAGUUAACGGGGGGAUGUAUCACAUGGUUCAAAAACAGAAUUAAAAGAGCUAUAGCCUUAUAUCUGGAAGCUAUAAAACUAACUCCAAACAAUGGGAUCAUGCAUGGAAACUUAGCAUGCAUGUAUUAUAAACAAGGGCUCCUCGACUUGGCGAUAAAAACGUACCGUAGAGCUAUAGAGCUCCAGCCUAAUUUUCCAGAUGCAUACUGUAAUCUUGCUAAUGCACUGAAAGAGAAGGGAAACGUGACGGAGGCGGAGCAGUGCUAUAAUGCAGCACUCUCAUUGUGCCCGUCACAUGUGGAUACACUCAACAAUCUUGGAAAUGUUAAGCGGGAACAAGGAAAUAUUAAAGAAGCAAUCAGACUCUACGAUAAGGCACUUGAAGUAUUUCCAAAUUUUGCAGCUGCUCAUAGUAAUUUAGCCUCAUUAUUUCAACAGCAAGGCAAGCUACCCGAAGCGCUCAUACAUUACAAACAAGCUAUAAAUAUUCAACCACGCUUUGCGGAUGCGUACAGUAAUAUGGGAAAUACGUUAAGAGAGAUGAAAGACGUUGCUGGCGCUCUUGUUUGUUUUAAAAAAGCUAUUCAGAUCAACCCAUCAUUUGCUGAUGCACAUUGUAAUUUAGGCAGCAUUUACAAGGAUGUCGGUAAUAUCACCAAGGCAAUACAAUCAUAUAAUGAUGCUUUAGCAUUAAAACCAGACUUUCCCGAUGCUUAUUGUAAUUUGGCUCACUGUUUACAAAUAAUCUGCGAUUGGGAUGACUACGAUGCAAGAAUGGAAAAUAUUGUAUGUAUAUUGGAAGAUCAGUUGAUACAUGAAAAGCUUCCAUCGAUUCAUCCACACCAUUCCAUGUUAUACCCGUUAACCAAUGCAACCAGAAAAGAAAUAGCCACUCGGCAUGCUAACUUAUAUUUAGACAAAAUAAGUAUGUUAAGUAGAGCAGUAUUUUUAUAUCCUCAAUUGUCAAGUGGGAGAUUGAAAAUCGGUUACGUGAGUAGUGACUUUGGUAAUCAUCCAACUUCACAUUUGAUGCAAUCAAUACCAGAAUUACAUGAUCGCUCAAAAGUUGAAACUUUUUUUUAUGCAUUAAAUCCAGAUGAUGGUACCUCAUUCCGUAGUAAAAUAGCCAUGGCAGCAGAACAUUUUUAUGAUUUAUCUUGUAUAACCUGUCCUGUCGAUGCAGCUAGAAAGAUAAACAGUGAUGGAAUUCAAAUUUUAAUCAAUAUGAAUGGCUAUACUAAAGGUGCCAGAAACGAAAUAUUUGCUUUGAAGCCGGCUCCUAUUCAGGUAAUGUGGCUUGGAUACCCUGGGACCAGUGGAUCCGAUUUUAUGGAUUAUAUUAUAACUGAUCCUAUUUCAUCGCCAUUAUCAGAAAUGAAUAAUUACAGCGAAAAAUUUGCUUACAUGCCAGAAACAUACUUUAUAGGAGAUCAUAAACAAAUGUUUCCGCAUUUAAUUGAAAAAUAUAUAGUGACUGAUAUAAAUGAGACCAAUACUAGCAAUUUGGCUGUUAUCAAUUGUAUAGAAGACAUAAGAGAUUUGAAGGUUAUUGAAUAUAAGAGAGCUUUGAAGGGAUCAAUCGAAUCGGAUCUGAUAGAAGUAAGCGUUAAAGAAAUAAACAUUCCAAGUAUUAAUACUGACACAUUUACGGAUGAUCGGCAAACACAGAUAUCUGUUGAUGGAGUUAUGAUUCAAAAUGGACUAUCAAUGGAUAAAAUAGACAAAUCAGUAGCCAACGGGGAAAAAAUAUUUGACAAUAUUGUAUUUACAUCAAGGAAACAAUAUGGUUUACCCAAUGACGCUGUUGUAUACUGCAAUUUUAACCAGUUAUAUAAAACAGAUCCGCGCACAAUGGAAAUGUGGGUCCACAUAUUGAAAGAAGUACCAAACAGUGUAUUGUGGUUGUUAAGUUUUCCAGAGGAAGGAGAGCCACAUAUUCAAAAAUAUGCUACCAUUUUAGGAUUACCUCCUGGAAGAAUAAAGUUUUCAAAAAUUGCCUGUAAGGAAGAACAUGUACGAAGGGGACAGAUCGCAGAUAUUUGUCUUGAUACUCCAUUAUGCAAUGGCCAUACGACUACCAUGGAUAUUUUGUGGGGUGGUACACCAGUUGUCACUUUGCCCGGUGAAACACUGGCUUCGAGAGUUGCAGCGUCUCAACUGUAUGCUUUAGGUUGCCCUGAAUUGAUAGCAAAUAGCCGGAAAGAAUAUCAAGAAUUGGCUAUAAAACUAGGCAAUAAUGUCGAAUAUCGACAAUACAUGCAAGCUAAGGUUUCAUUAGCAAGAAUGAAUAGCACACUAUUUGACUGCGAUAAAUACGUGAUAAAAAUGGAACGUCUCUACGAGAAGAUGUGGCAACGAUAUGAGCAAGGAGAAGCUACAGAUCAUAUUCAGACAUUAUAAAGCAUAAGAUAUACUUAAUUAUUUAACACAUGGAAACAAGGAAACCUAGUAAAAUUAAAAAAAUAAGAAUGACUCGAGUACAUUUAAUACAUUUAGGUUGGAAAUAAGACAAAUAUAUCCAACAAAAAGGUCUCCGUCCAGUAAAAUGUCCAUUUAUUAUUGAAAUCAGAGAGAGAGUUCGAAGUAGACUAAGAGUUUUUAAAUUACUUGCUUUUUCAAGUAGCACUUCUGCUAAUUCUUAAAUUUUCUAUCUUCUUCAGAUUUUAUCAUUCCUAAUAUCAUUAUAAACCAAUCAAUAAUUAUCACAUUUUUCUUCUUCAAUUCUCAUAUGAAUCUAUCACAGUCUGAUUAAAAUCCUACAGUGGUAGUUAUGUAAUUGGGUUAUUCACCUGCCAUUCCUACUGUAAUUUUUAAAUUUAAUUAGUUUUAACGUCUUUAAGUAGUUGAAGUGGAUAAUUUAUUGAAAUAGCAGCUUUUUCAUAGCUUUCAACUUCAAUUAGAUUUAAAGUAAUCGUGUACUUCCAUGACAUUACUGUCUUUGUCCCUUGUGUAUUGAAGUUAUUAAUAUGUACUAGUAAGUAUAUUUCAAGUUAUUCAGUGUUUUUAAUGUAAUAGUCUAUACUAUGUGCCUAAAACAAACAUAGAUUUGAUAAUAUUCUGUCUGUUCAAAAUUAAUGAGCUCACUGUUAAAGUUUUAACUAUUAAAAAAUAUAUACAAUCGUGUUUUAAAUAAAAUGUUUUAUAAGAAGUCAUGGGU